AAAUCGCGCUCUUGACUGAAGUCCAUCCACACACCACAUAACAUCCUCUUUAAGAUGGCCACUCAGGGCAAGAACGUGGACUUCAGCGUUUUGGAGUUCGACAACUACAAUGAUUAUAUCACAUCGUUCGCCACCGUUAAGGACUACAGAUAUCUGAGCAAUCAGAACACUAUCAAGACCAUCGUCCAGCUGGGCUACCGCACUACAAAGAUCCCCUAUACCGCAGAGGAAUAUGUAAAGAGAGUUGACAUAGCCUUGGAGGCUAUCAGGCCAAAGACAGCCCACGUGGGUUUGUUUAGCGAUCUUAUGGCGCCAACAAACCAAGACCCAGUACUUCUGGAAUUUAAGUCCCGCGAGCUGCUCAACUUGAACAAGAUUCUUUCGACCAUCGUCUUUACCUCUUACAUCCAUGCCGACGGUUCGGAGAUCUCCGGCUACAUUGACCUAGACAUGAGCUGGCGCAACUGCUACCGCGAGGCCAUGAAGCACACCGACUGGCGGGGAGUUUUUACAGGUCGAUCGCGACUGAAGCCCAUGCCCCACCACCUUAGCUACUCGAACCCUCGCUAUAACGUUGUCAAGUACACCGACAGCGAUAACUACCAGGUGAUGCACGAUCACCACUAUGGACUGAUGUUCAUGCACCGGGGCGAUCACAAAAUGAUUUCGGUGGGCGGCCAAUUCAACAUGUACUCGAGAAACGCCAAGCGUUCGAUGGUUUACUCUCCCAAGUUCGGAUAUGUUGUCUUCUACGAUCACUUUGUGCGCAAGAAGGUCUAGUUUUUUGGGAUAUAGGUCAAAUAAGUCCAUAUCAAAAUUAUGUCGGUGAUGUGAUCAUUAAAGUGUAAUAGGAUUUUAA